AAAAAAAAAAUCAAUGAAUAAAUUGUGGGAUAGAGUCACAGUGGAAUAUCAUACAGAUGAAAAAAUGAAGGAAUUAUGGCUACAUGUAAUAAUACAGAUUUUUCUAGGGAUAUAAUGCUGAGUAAAAAAGUGUCUGAAUGCUACAUAGACUAUGGUAAAAAAAAAAAAAAAUAGGUGUAUGAUUGUUUAUAUGUAAUGUCCAGGACAGAGAAAUCCAGGGACGAAAAAUGGAUUAAUGCUUGUCAGGGGUCGGGAGAAUAGGGAGAUUGCUAGUGGGGACAGGGUCUGCGUUUUGGGGUGAUAGAAUGUUGUGAAAUUAAGAUGGCGAUGAUGGCUACAAAACUGAGUGUACUAAAUUCCACUAAAUUGUACUCUGUCAACAGUAAAUGAGGAAAGUGAGGGAGGGGGGAGGGAAGAUGUAAGUGAACGGACUUCCUGAGGAGAUGCUGUGAAUAUUGUUUAAAAAAAAAACCUGCUUCACAAAUUAGGUAGUAUGCUUCUCAUGUUUCAAAAUUGAGUUAUUUUGCAACUUUCAAGACUAUACAAAUCUAAGACUUAAAACAAAAACUAGAAAGCAACUCAUCAGAAAUCUACCAGCAGCAGGCGCCGACGCCCGCAAAGCAUCCUGGGCUCACUAUUUCCCGCGCAAUCGCCCCCUAGGGGCGGGGCCUGCGCAUAUCAAGCACGCAUGCGUGCACAGAGGCCAGCCAAUCAGCGAUGCUCUAGGUGAGGCGACUGGCUUUUUUUCCGGCUUGAAUUUCCAAGUUUCCUCAGAAGCGUCGUGGAAGCGAAGCGAGAAGGAUUAGGUGUGAACAGAGGAGUACUUUGUCCAGUGCGGGAAUUGUGGGCAGAGGCUGUUCUUGACCGGUGAGUCAGGAAACAUCUGAAUAUGCUGCCCUCUGGAAGAAAGCAUUCAGUGAAAUCUGGGAAGUCAUCAUUAGAGGAUCAGGUUAUAACUUAUGACUAUGAGAAAGAAGAUAAAAAAGGUCUGAGUGGUUCAGAGGAGGAUAUCACUGAAGGAAAGACUCCAGUAAUUGAAAAGCAUGGGAAAAAAAGAUGUUCUACAGGAUUAGUUGAAGAUGUGGGGGGUGAAGUUCAGAAUAUGUUAGAAAGAUUUGGAGCUGACAUUAACAAGGCUCUUAUUGCUAAACAAAAAAGACUAGAAAUGUAUACCAAGGCCUCUAUCAAAACCAGUAACCAGAAACUUGAUCAUGUUUGGAAAACACAACAAGAUCAAAGGCAGAAGCUUGGCCAAGAAUUUUCUCAGCAAUUUAUGACUGUGUUUGAGCAGUGGGAUUUAGAUAUGCAGAAAACUGAGGAACAAGAAGAAAAACUGGCUAAUUUGUUUCGACAGCAACAAAAGCUUUUCCAGCAAUCUAGAAUUGUCCAGAGCCAGAGACUGAAAACAAUUAGACAGUUAUAUGAGCAGUUUACAAAGAGUAUGGAGGACUUGGAGAAGGAGCAUGAUAAUCUACUGACUGGUGCACAAAGUGAACUUAGAAAAGAAAUGGCUAUGUUGCAGAAAAAGAUUAUGAUGGAAACUGUAAGUUAUAUUUUAAAUUUUUUAAAAAGUUAUUUAAUUUUAGUUAUUAUUAUUUAAUAUGCUAUAGGGCAGG